AUGGCCACCGAGGCCAAUACGCAGCAGGCGCACGAGGACACAGCGGAGAAGGAUGGGGCAGCAAACGGACAUGGGAACAAGGCCAAACUACAUGGGCGGGCCUUCUACGAGAGCAUUGGGAGUCCAAAGCUCGUGCUUGCGCCUAUGGUUGAGCAGUCCGAGUUCGCCUGGCGCUUGCUCUCGCGCUCCUUCCUCCCCAAGGCCCAACAGAAGGACCUCCUAGCCUACUCUCCCAUGUUCCACUCCAAGAUGUUCGCAGAGAAGAGCCAGUACCGCGAUGCCCACUUCCAGCCUCUCAAGUCUACCAUCCCCUCGCCCGCCGACACAUACCACGUCUCCCAGCUGCCCGACUCUGAGCGACAUCUCGACGGCAAUCCGGCCUUUGACAGACCGCUCACGGUGCAGUUCUGCUCGAACGACCCACAUGACCUGCUCAACGCGGCAAAGCACGUGGCGCCCUUUUGCGAUGCCGUCGACCUGAAUCUAGGCUGUCCGCAGGGCAUUGCCAAGCGUGGGAAAUACGGCGCUUUCUUACAGGAAGAUUGGGGGCUGAUCGCCAGCAUGAUACGGAAAGUGCAUGAGGAACUCGAUAUUCCCAUCACGGCGAAGAUGCGCGUACUCGAGACGCGGGAGAAGACGCUGGCAUAUGCGAAAACGCUGCUCGACGCGGGCGCUAGCAUCAUCACUGUACAUGGCCGGCGGAGAGAGCAGAAGGGGCACAACACUGGGCUGGCGGACUGGGCCAUGAUCCGCUACUUGAGAGAGAGUUUGCCCAAAGGAACUGUCAUAUUCGCAAAUGGCAAUAUCCUCCAGCAUGAGGAUAUUCAGACGUGUCUCGAAGUAACCGGCGCAGACGCUGUCAUGAGCGCAGAGGGGAAUCUCUAUGACCCCACUAUCUUCGGGCCAGCACCCCCACCUGGCGAGGAAGGACGAGAGUAUUGGCGCGACAGGAAUGGGAAAGGUGGUUACCGGGUCGAUGCUGUAAUGCGCCGAUAUAUGGACAUCAUCCACAAGUACGCGCUGGGUCAGCAACCGCCCAAACGCAGACCGCUAUGGAUCCCGGGGGAGACUCAGGAACCAGAACCACCAAAUGAGGAAGUUGAAGACGAGGAAGAAGGACCACCAAGAAAGAAACAGAAGCAGAUGGAGAAGAAGGGGAAUGGGAAGAAACAGCCAGAGAAAAAGAACCCAAACUUGACAGCCAUGCAAGCGCAUCUCUUCCACCUCCUCCGCCCUCUCGUCGCAGAGCACCACAACGUACGGGACGCCCUCGCGCGGUCGCGAACCGGCGACAUCGAAGCCUUUGAAAACGUCCUUGCGCUCGCCGAGAAAGCCGUCAAAGAAGGCAUCAUCAAAUAUGAGCAAGAGCCUGUCACAGAAUCCGAUUCAAGUACCACCGAGGAAGUUGUCGCAAACCUUGACCCUUACGAAUCCUCCCUGGCCACGGUGGCGCGAUGCAAAAGACCAUACUGGGUCUGCCAACCUUACGUUCGUCCGUUACCCAAGGAAGCUAUCGAGAAGGGGAGUAUGCAGCUCAGUAAGAAAGAUAAAAGAAAACAAGAGCUAGAGGCUGAGGAGGUCAGGAAAGCGGGGUUGGAGCCUGGCGGACGAGUGGAGAAAGAGGCGCUGAACACGGAUGAGGUAGUCGAAGUGCCCAAGGACGGUGUGGUUUGUGGAUAG